UGCAACCCUUCUUGCCGUUGAGCAGCAUAGAACUGAAGGGCGGCGAGGGGUUUUGCUUAGCACAGAAAGAAAGAAACGAAGAAAGAUGGCGGCCAAUGGUGCAAGAAGAACCCUUCAGUUCUCUUCAGCUUCUGCUAGAACCCUUUUAGCCCGUUCACCAUCAUCAACAUCAAGUAAAACGAUACCUUCCCCUUUUGCUCCAAAAGCUUCUAGCUUGACUGGACUCUUCCCCAAGUCUUCCUCUGCUAGUCGCUUAUCACCCCACAAGCUCAGCUUUUCCAGGCUUCCUGUGGAGUUGGGUGGUGCACUGUCCUUAAUGCCAUUGCAUAGUGUUACAGCCUCUGCUUUGUUCACCUCAUUGCUAUCAUUGCAUAAUGACACUUGGGGAUGUCUUUCUGAAGGAUUUGCAACACCUCUAUAACAUGGCCGGUGGACUUCUGUUAUAGCUGCCAACAAGAUGAUCGGCAACAGGUGUUAUGUAGCAUGUUUGUUUUUCACAAUUAAACUAGCAUUUCAAACGGAAAUUGAUACUUGUUUCUUUGAAUGAUCUUGAUAUUCAUCGCAUUUUCUCAAGAAUCUCUGAGUUGUGGAAGAAAUAUAAAUUGCUGAAUAACAAGCCAAUUUGCAGAAGUAGUUACCAGUACAUUUUGUGAGUGAUGCUCAAUGUUUUUUAUAUUUAGCAUUUUAUUACCUUUCAGUAUUCUGGAAGUUAAGGAUGCAUGGCCACUGCUGAUGCCAAUAGAAACAGUGAUCUCUGCAUUUUUGGAUUGUAUUAUGCCUAGGAAACUUGCAAGGUUAUAUAGCCUAGUGUAUCGUUUCAGCAUUUCUAGUAUAAUUUGCUUUGGAUGAGGACAAAGAAAGUACGUAUUUAUAUUACCAUCGACUUUUCAGCCAUUGAUUAUAUAUGAAUACAUAAUCAAUAGCUGGAAACUAAUGCUUAUAUGAGUACGGAUUUUCCUGUAUUUUAAUUUAAUUUUUAUAUUUUAAACAAGUAGAUUUGAAA